AUGCAAGCAGACAGAAGAAAAAUUCCUGGUCAUACCCUUGCAGAAUUGAAGAAUCUAUGGCACGAAGAUGUUACGCAUGAAGAAUCCAAAUCCUUAAAAAAAUGGGAAUCCAAGCAAAUUUGGCUCGAGAAGUAUGAAACUGAAUUUAAACAUGAGAGCUUCCUGAAACCCCCAAGGAAGUACAACGAGAGCAAACCAACGGGAGAUUUGCGACAACAAGGUCGGCGCGGUAUAAUCGACAAUACGCAUUUACAAAGCAUAAGUAAACAGCUAAACCAUAGGAGAAUGAAUCCCAAACAAUUCCAGAACAACCGUCCCGAUGAGAGAAAGUCUGCAAAAUUUGCCCACAAUCGACCCAGAUGCAACGUAACCGCAAUUAAUAAGGAGAGAAUAGGACAAAACCGAUUCCAGCACAACAACACACGCAAUCAUCAUUCCUCCUCGUUACUGCAUCACCAAAUGACAUAUGCUGAGGUCGCGAGAAUUCCUCCAAGAUAUAAUCCACAGCAAGGAAGUACCUAUACAUCGUUGAUGAUUACGAAAGAAUCCCAAGGAACACUUCUUUUUUAG